CAAACGAUUAUUAGCAAUAAUUGUGUGUCUCGUCUAGUCAAUCAUUAGCCGAGAAUGAGUUGACACGUACGGCAGUCAAAUAAUAAUUACAUCGUAGCUGCGUUUUUUUUAAGUACUCUGAUUUUUAAAAAUGUUGAAUUUCAAACUCAAUCGCCAUCUGAAGCUUGCAUUAUGCACUUGUUUAAUGUCAUUCCAACAGUUAAUCGUCGGAUGUUCUUUCGUAUUCUCAUCUAUUGUUCUAUCCAAACUAAAAGAACCGACGUCUACGAUAAAAAUAAAUACUGAAGAUUCCUCAUGGAUAGCGAGUGUACCAAUACUAGUAUGCCCUAUCGGCUUACUCGUAAUUGGAAUACUAACAGAUAAACUUGGCCGAAGAAAAGCUCUUCAAGUUGGUUAUAUACCACUUAUUGUAAGUUGGCUAGUACUUGCAUAUGCCAAUUCACUAAAAUUAAUUAUGAUUGGAAGAAUUAUACUGGGAAUUGGACUUGGUUCAGGAACAUGCGUGUACUUGUACUUGGCCGAGGUGUGCCCCACUCAGUACCGGCCGCUUUACUUCUCGGUGGUCACCAUAUUUGUGGGCGCUGGCAUGAUGACCGAGUGCGUGCUGUCCAUGUUCUUCCAAUGGCAGACCGUGUCGCUGAUACUGUUCGUAGCCAGCACCGUCAACUGCGCGGCACUGUUCCUCGUGCCGGAGACACCCAUGUGGCUCCGGACCCGUGGCCGGUCCCGGGAAGCGGACGCGGCCGAGGCGUGGCUGGGCAUGGAACCGGCCGCGGUGACCGUCCCGGCGGCGGCGCCGGUCACCGCGCUGGCGGUCAACGGCGACGAUCACCUGUGCGGCGCGGACGGACACGCGGCCACGGGCAAACCGACCCCGGUCGCGUACUGGACGCUGUUCACCGGCCCGUCCGUCUGGAAGCCUGCCCUGAUCACCACGCUAUUCUUUAUCUGCCAGCAGGGCAGCGGGUUCUACGUGAUGCUGUUCUACUCUGUGGACGUGCUACACGACUGCCGCGUCCAGUGGGAUGGCAUCACCGUUACCGCGUUUCUGUCCCUGUCACGCGUCACCGGUAGUGUGGUCUACUCCAUGCUGCACCACGUCCACCGGAAGACGCUGGUCGUCGUGUCCGGCAGCGGCAUGGCCCUGUCGCUGGCCAUCGUCAUUAUCUACAUGCGUAUGUACAAGGACGUGGCCUCGCCUCCGUACGGCGCAGUGCUCAUCGUAGCGUUCAUCGCGUACGUGUUCUUCGCCUUAUUGGCCAUGCUCCCGUUGCCAUGGACCAUUUGCGGAGAGGUGUUCCCGAUGGCCGUCAAAGGUGUAAUGGGCGGAGUCGUACAAUUUUUUGGAUACGAAUUUAUGUUUUUAGUCAUAAAAGUUUACCCUACAUUUGUGUCAACAUUCGGACCGGAAUGUGUUUGGUCAGUGUUCACAAUAUUCUGUUUUGCAAGUGCAUUGUACGGUGCGUUCAUAAUGCCAGAAACAAAAGGAAAAUCUCUCAACGAAAUAUUAUCAUCAUUCGAUUCCCGUGAAAAAUCAAUAAAAAAUAACUUGCCUUAAGAAUAUUGUAUACUAUAAUAAUUAUUUUUAUUUUUAUUUUGAGGAAACAUAAUAUACUAUUGCAAUUUCGUUUAAUGGAAUUUUAGGUAUAUUCUUCAAUGAGCAUUGAGAUGCUAUUAUUUAUAUUGUAAUUUAUUUAUUUUUGAAUACCUCAUAGUAAAUUAAGUGUUUAUAGUUUAAUGUAAAUUGAUAAUUUUCAAUAGAACUAAUGUAUUUAAUAACACCUAUUAAUCUAUUAUAUUAUAAUAUAAUAUAUUAAAAAAUCGG